AUGUUUGGAAAUACAAUUACAUUUUUGAUUUCUUUGAUAUUGAUCUAUUAUCUAGGGAAUUUAUACAUGACCAAAGUUACAUAUAUAAAUAAGGGCAAUGUGGAAGUAGUAAUUGGUUUAUUGAAUCAGUUUAUAUCAUAAAAUUAUUAUUCUCCUGAAGCAAUUUCGAAGGAAGUAAAAAUAAUUUCAAUUUUAAAGUUUAACACAAUUCUUGUUUAACCUCAGCAGGAUUAUUGCAUUAAAUCAGACACUUAUAAAUAUUAUCAUCCAGACGUAGUUAUGAAUGAUACAUAUACUUUUAGAGAAUAUUAAGGUGUUGUGAAAGAUGCGUUAUAAAAGCAUUUUUUUGAUGUUUUACCAAAUGUUAAUCUUCAUAGAAAAAAUAAAGACAGUAUACUUAGUCAUUAUAUAAGUACCUCAUUAAUUUAAAUUACCAUUUAAACUUACAUUGCCAUUUACUUAUUAUGAUUAAUUAGUACAUUAAUUUAAGGUGGGAUAAUGUAAAAAUUUAUAAAAAAAAUAGAAUCUUUAUGCCUAUUUUAAAAUUAUAAUCAUUUACCUUAAAGAGCCUCAUUAUCUCACAAAAAUCGGUUGAUGACAAAUUAGAUGAGUUAUUUACGAGUGUUAAAUUAGAAUGGUGCUGAUGCAGAUUGUAUAGUAAAUGUUAAAUUGAUUUAAAAGGCUAAUGCAACAUAUCUACCUAAGACUUAUAGAUUAUUCAAUGAAUAUGAAUGUGAGCAAUUUUUUACAUAUAUAAAUUCUGAAGAAUAUGAAGAGAUGACUAAAAAAGAGGGUCCUCAGUUUAUUAUAAAGAUGGGAAAGGAAAUACAUAGAGGUCGCGGGAUUAAUAUGUUAUUUCCUUAAGAGAAAGAGGAAUUAAAUAAGAGAUUUAAGAAAGGAGAAUUAUGUGGUUCAGUAAAUACAUUAAAAGUGGCAUAACAAUAUAUAGGCAAUCCUCUUUUAUAUAAAGGACAUAAGAUAGAAUUUCGUGUAUAUUGGAUAUUGGCAUCAACAAAUCCAAUAAUUGGAUAUGCAUAUGAUAAAACUCUGAUUCGUAGAUGUAUAUACCCUUUUGAUAAAUUUUCUCUUUAGAAGGAGGCUCAUGUAUGUAAUACAGCUAUAGUGAAAAAUACUUUGAAAAAAUUGUAGAGCGAAGAUGAUGAUAAUGAUAGUGAUGAAAAUGAUGAUGACGAUGAUAAUAAUGAUGAGAUUAAUAAUUAGGAGGAUAAUAUAUUUAUUGAUUGGAAAUUGGAUCAUUUAUAAGAGAUCUUAUUGAAAGAAGGUAGAAUACAGAAUAAAUAAUGGUUAAAAGAGGAAUUAUUACCAAAAGUAGAUAGGAUGAUAAUUCAUGCAAUAAGAAGUACAUAGCAUACAUUUGCAAAAGAUAGUAAACUAGGAGAAUUUUUUGCAGCUGAUUUUUUAUUAAGUGAUAAUUUAGAUUUAUAUAUAAUGGAGAUUAAUUAUAAUCCUUAGACUCUGAAUACAACAGAAUCAAGGAGAGAAUAACAUUUUAAGAUGGUUUAAGAUAUGGUAGAGAUUUCAAAUGCAUAUUUGAGGAGUAGAUUCAUAAGAUUUUAAAAGAUAGUUAAGAGAUUGGUAUAGGAAUUAGAAUAGAAGAAAUAGAAAUUAAAGGAUUUGAUAACAAAUGAGAUUGGAUAAGAGAUUCAUAAAGCAUAUGUAGAUAGAUUGGAACCUGAAAUAAGUAUAAGUUAAAGUAAUUUAUUUCGAUUAUUGAUGGAUGAGAAUUUAGAUGGGACAAAGAUGUAUAAAGAUUUAUUAUAGGAGAGAUGUCUUAUUUGA